GGUAAUGGGGAUAUGGCAAGCAGGAGCUGCUGCAGGACUACUACUCCUUCAGCUCUUAAUAGCAAGUGCAUUUGCAGAUCUUCAAAACCUUGACUUUGAAACACCACCAACAAACAUACCAAAAAACUCAAAAAACCAAUUUAUACCACUGAAUUCAACAAUCAACACCCUGCCAGGAUGGUCAUACCAAGGCAAUGUACAGUAUGUCAUUUCCUCAGGCCAGGGAGGAAAUGCAAUAUACUUGGGCCAAAAUGGAAAGAUUAAUCAAAAUGGUAAUCAAACAUUUAAAGAUGAUCGAAACUAUGAUUAUUUACUUGCAUUUAGUUUUAAACCAGCUCAACCAAAUUGUACUGGUCCUACUAGUGUUACCAUUUCUGUCCCAAAUAGGUCAGUCGUGGUCUCAUUCGACAAGAAAUUUGGGAAUUCAAGUAGUUGGCAAACUCAUGCUUGUUAUUUGGGUGUUCAUGGGAAUAAAGAGUUGCUUAAUCUUGCUAUUGAAAAUCAAAGUACUAACACCACUAAAUGUGGUGUGGUUUUGGAUUCAUCCAUUCUCAAGCUAAUUCCGAAUCCUGCAAGUUUAUAUGACGAUAACGUAUUCGAAAAUGGGCAAUUAAUCAAAGGGAAGAAAAACCUGGUGGUGGCCAGCAUUUCCCAACAAUUCCUUUGGUGGCGUUAUACUUGACGCAGAAUCAAAUCCAACUCAAUCGCCAUUAAACCAAUGGGAAAUAUUUGGAACAGUGAAAUACAUAACUACAAACAAAAACUAUGAAAUUCCAGAAGGAGUUGCUGCAGUCGAGCUUGUCUCAGGGAGAUCAAGUGGAGUACAAACAAGAGUUACACUAAACAAAGGUUCCCAAUAUGACUAAAAGUUUACUUUUCCGGAAGUGAUGCUGCAUGUAUUGGUAGCUUCCAAGUGAGUGUUCAAGCAGGAUCAACAAUUGAGAAGGUCAUAAUAGAGAGAAGGUCAGGGAUUCAGUUGAGUAGUUUUUUAUGGACAAUCAAAGCAGAUUCGAGUGUCACUCCUAUUAGUAUUCGAAGUUUCGCAACAACACAAACUAAACAUCAUGUUUUCUGUGGUCCUGUUAUUGAUAACGUUAUUCUUGUUGCUUCCUAUGGCUUGAAAUUGCAUGUAAGUGUUCUGUUUGUUGGUAUUGGGUUUCUUGCAACUACACUUGCACAGAUCACUGGAUAGAGAGAUUGUUGCAAAGAAAUAGAGUGACGUUUUGAUUAGAGUAACGUUUGUGUUUUAAC